UGCAAUGAUACAAUGGACUGCUAAACUUUCUGCUUCUACUGAUAUUGCUCAAGUGGGGCGAAUGAUCUGGCAGUCUUGGCUAAGCCACCUAUGGAGAGAACGAUGUAGCAGGAUGUAUGCUGGAGUAAAGCACGAAGCUGGGGUGCUGCUUAAGAAAUUGGAUGCAUAGGCCAAACUGGAUCUGAUUGUGGGAAUCUCCGAUCACUCCCAAAUUGAAGGUCUUUCUUUGGCAACUCUUCCACCUGAUCCUCCC